AUGUAAACUUUGAUGGCUCAUUAAAUUUAGAUCAAAGGUACUUGUUAUUAUUAUUCAGAUUUCAGGUUCUAGUAGAAAUAUAGAUACUUUAGAAUUGACUAGUACAUAAAUUAUUUAAAUAAUAAGAUUAUUUAUGUUAAGCUGUGUUGAAGUUAAGAGAUAGAAACAAUUAAUAAUAAGCAAUUGAAUUAUUAGGAACUGCAGGUGCUAUACCAACCUGUAUAUUAAUAACAGAAAUCAUAACAAAAAACAUUUCUGGAUUAUCAUAAAUAACAUCCUUUGAAUAGUAUUGAUUUAAAUUAUAAUCAGAGACAAUAUAAAUGAUGAUUAAGAAUCACCUUCAAUUGGUAUCAAAAUUAAAUUGACUUAUAAUCCAACAGAAGUAGAGAUGAAUUAACCAGGUUAUUAAUAGAAAAGUGUAGAUCAAAACAAUAAAAAUAAUAAUUGGGAUGACUUGUAUUAAUUUAUUAUGAUGUAUUCAAAUGAUUUGUCAAAAUUUAAAAAUCAUGGUAAAUAAUUACAUAUAAUUUUUAUUAGAUUAAAAAAGAUAACUAUUUAAUAGAAAAUCCAUCAAUCAAUUUUAAUCUUAAGUUCAAAAACAAUAAGUCAUUAAUCUUACAAAUUAGAAUAAUUAUGAUUAAAGAACAUUUGUUUAUAAUUCCAAUCUUGAAAGAAAUGAUGUAAAUAGAUCCACAAUGAAAACAAGAGGAAAUUCAAGAAAAUGA